UGGUGUGCCGCUGCGUUUUGCGCUUUGGUAUCGUUUGUAUUUAUUUAUUUAUUUUUUUUUUUCCUUCAGUGCAGCGCUGUGUGCGCGGUGCGUAAAAUGAGUGAAGACGCGCCGAACUACUUUUGCUCUCCAGGAUUCCAGUGAGAAGACUCGAGCCUAUAUAUUUUUUUAAAGUCUGGGAUCGGGGUUAUGCCCAGAAGAUGGACGAGCUCUACAACGCCACCGAAUGCAGCGGCGAAAUCGGGACGAACGUCUCCGCGAACUGCAGCGGCGCCUUCAACAAGUUCAUCCAGCCCGUGUGGCAGAUCACGCUGUGGGCCGUCGCUUAUUUCGGCAUCGUGGUGGUGUCUGUGGUCGGCAACGUGGUGGUCAUCUGGAUUAUUCUGGCGCACAGACGCAUGAGGACUGUCACCAACUACUUUCUAGUGAACCUCGCUUUCGCCGAGGCCGCCAUGUCGGCAUUCAACACAGUGAUCAACUUCGCCUACGCCGUUCACAAUGAGUGGUACUUUGGUUUGGUCUACUGCCGAUUCCACAACUUCUUCCCCAUCGCCGCCAUAUUUGCCAGCAUUUACUCCAUGACAGCCAUCGCUCUGGACAGAUACAUGGCCAUCAUCCACCCUCUGAAGCAGAGGUUGUCAUCCACUCAGACUCGGUUGGUGAUCGGUGUGAUCUGGCUGCUGGCUCUGCUGCUGGCCUUUCCUCAGUAUCUCUACUCGUCCACCACAGUGCUGCCCGGACGCACGGUCUGCUUCAUAGACUGGCCUGAAUACAACACUGUUGACUUCAAAAAGAUGUGAGUAGCUGAGCUGGUGUUUCCUCCUGACCACAGUGUUGUCUUCCAACUUGUGAGAAGCAAGUUGAAAUCAUGUAAUGAUCAAGUUAUUCCCAUGUGUCUUUUUUUUUUUUAAUUCAGUGUUGAGAUUACAUUAUCCUGAGAGGAAACUGGUUGUUAAAUUAUUAGCAGACAAUUAAUAAAACAUCCUUGGGCUUAUUAGGCAUUUUUGUUGUUGUUGGAAGUGUAACAAAACCUUUAGAUUUUGAAUUUAUGAUGGUCAAAUCAAACAUUGGACUUUAUUUGGUUUCAAAGUAAAAGCUGUCACAAACAGACAUCUAAAUGUGGUUCAUUAGCCAAGAGUUAGCAGGAAUCAUUUCUUGAUGGUGGGACUCAUAAUUUUACUCUACAGAUGUGACAAGUUACUAUGGUACAAAAUGGUGACUCAGGAUGGAUUCCCAUCUAACGUUUAGUCCGUUUUAAUCCAACUCCACUCUGUUUGCCUAGAAAAUCCAGUUCGUCUGGGAAGGUGUGAAAGCGCUCUCAGACUCUGAUCCACUUACAAACGUAGGUGUUGGUUCAGUUGAAGUGAACUCUAGUUCAGUUUGAAUGUACAUGUGAAUGCUCUAAAAUCUGAUGCCACUCCAUUUUUGUUCACAUUUAGUGAAGUAGUAAGAUAUGCUCAGUGACUUCUUCAGAGGUUCUUGUGACAUUUCCUUCAGUGAUUCUAGGUGCGGCGCCCCCACAGGCAAGGAGGGGAACAGAUUUUUUAAAGUGUUUGAUUCAUUUGACACAGUGCAGUGUGAAAAUAAACCAUCACCACCUGAACAUUUAACAGAUAUUGCAAUUUUGGUCCCUAAUUGAACUUAGUCUACUGGACUAAUAGGUGUGAAAACACCCUGAGUGUGUCAACAACUGAAAUACACAUGAUAUCCCUGAGCAUAUGGUGCCAUCUGGUUAUGAAUUCCACUUAAGUCUUGAGGGAAUGAUCUGCAAAGAAAUGUUGGUCCUUUUACACAGGACCAUACUUUUAAUGUACCAUUUAGACUACAUUCAUAAUCAAUAAAUUAAAAUAUGAUGAGUAUCAUGUCAGAUUAAAACCCCUUUUUGAAAAUGACAAACCUUAAGCACGUAUUACCCUUACUUUUCAUUAAGCACACAUGUUUUUCAUUGGUCUGAUGUAAUAUUUUAUUCAUAAAUAUGUUUUUAUUAGCUGCAAGUGGAAAAUCAUCAUCAUUAACAACAAUAAAGUCUCGAAAACAUCAG